UUCAUUUUAGUUUGAAAUCUUAAUCACUAAUUUGCUAUAAUUGAACACUACAAAUGAAUUUCCUCAAAGGAAUGGGAAAGAAAAAGAUCCACUUCAGGCAAAGGGGAAGGAGAAACGCGGGAUAUCGAACCCAUCAAUUUCACAUGACUUUCAAAACCGUUGGCUUUGUUUAAAAUGAUAAAUGCAUGAAGCCAUAUUUCCAUCUCAUUAUUGCUCUGUUCCACCUUCAAAGAAGAAUUUAUACAUAACAUACUUACUGUGACUUCAUAUUGUUUGCAUAGCCUUAAUUCCUUGUCAUCAACCAUGGGUGUCAACACCUUUCACAUUGCAAUGUAUCCAUGGUUUGCUUUAGGCCAUCUCACCUCAUACCUUCACAUAUCCAACAAACUUGCUGAGAGAGGCCACAAGAUCUCAUUUCUCAUGCCUAGAAACACCAUACCCAAAUUGGAGCAUUUCAAUCUCCACCCAGAUCUCAUAUCCUUCAUUCCAAUCACCAUACCACAUGUGGAUGGCCUCCCUACUGGCUCUGAAACAACUGCAGACCUUCCUUUCUCAGUGCAUUCCCUUCUCAUGACAGCAAUGGACCUCACUGAGCCUGCCAUUGAAGUUUCUCUGAGAGAGCUUAGACCCCAUAUGGUAUUCUUUGAUUUCACAUAUUGGUUACCUGCAUUAGCAAGCAGGUUAGGCAUGAAGGCUUUACAUUACUGCACAAUUAGCCCAGCCACCGUAGGGUAUCUGAUCAGCCCAGAAAGAAAACUCCAUUUAUUAACAGAAGCUGAUCUUAGAGAUCCUCCACCAAACUUUCCACCAUCAGCCAUCAGGCUACAACCGCAUGAAGCAAGAGGGUUAGCCACUGCCACUAUAAAGGAUUAUGGCAAAGGUGUUUCAUUUAGGCAACGCCAACUGAUCUCUUUCACGAGCUGUGAUGCUAUUGUUUUCAAAACUUGCAGAGAAAUGGAAGGCCCUUAUUGUGAGUAUCUUGAAAACCAAAUGAGAAAGCAAGUAUUUUUGGCAGGACCAGUUUUGCCAGACAUUCCAACAUCAACUUUGGAAUCAAAAUGGGAGUCUUGGCUAGGAAGCUUCAAAUCCAAAACAGUUAUUUUUUGUGCAUUUGGAAGCGAGUGCAUAUUGAAGAGUAAUCAAUUUCAGGAACUAUUAUUGGGGUUUGAACUUACAGGAAUGCCUUUUCUAGCUGCCUUGAAACCGCCUGUAGGAGCUGAAACAAUGGAAUCAGCUUUGCCUGAAGGAUUUCAAGAGAGAACAAAGGGAAGAGGGGUGGUGCAAGGGGAUUGGGUUCAACAACAACUGAUCUUGAGCCACUCAUCUGUAGGUUGCUUUGUGACUCAUUGCGGUUCUGGGUCAUUAACAGAGGCUAUGGUCAAUGAGUGCCAGUUGGUACUGCUUCCCCAUGCAGGAGAUCAAUUUAUUAAUGCAAGAAUAAUGAGUGGAGAUUUAAAAGUAGGAGUGGAGGUUAAGAGGAGUGGUGAAGAUGGACUAUUUACCAAAGAAGAUGUGUGCAAAGUAGUGAGAACCCUAAUGGACAGCGAUAGUGAAGUGGGUCAAGUGGUGAGGACUAAUCAUGCUAAAUGGAGGGAGUUCUUGCUCAGUAAGGGGCUGGAAAACUCUUAUGUUGAUGAUUUGGUUCAGAAGCUGCAUAGUCUGUUCAAAUCUUGAUUCAGAAAGUAUUAAGAGUUUUGGAAGUCACGAGGUUAUUCAAGAAGCAUUAAGUAUGAUGAUAGAGUGCAUACGAAUGAUAAUCACAUAGCUGAACUGAUUUCUAUUUUUCGAUAUUUUAACUUUGGUGUAUAAGCUGAAUGUGUAGGUAGGUUAUUCUGCUGCUGGUAAGUUUAUUAUGAGCUAUAAAUGAAACACAAGAAACAUUGUAGCAUAAUUGAGUUCUUGAACAUCUUAAAAACAUACAAAUAGGCAAAUGCAUGCAAUGGAGACAGUAGUAUAUGAUGAAGUUAAAAGUAAGGUCAUAUUGAUGGGGGGGCCUGUUUCCAGCAAUGUUUAUGCUAGAGAAACAAAUAAUCACUGGAAAAGGUUAU